AUGCAAUCCUAUCAACUGGGACCUUUCUCGUUUCAAGAUGGGACAAUCCUGCCCGACGUCGUUCUUGCCUAUCGCGAGUUCAACCCCAAUGGCAAGAAGACCGCUUUGGUUCCAACAUGCUUUCGAGGCAGAAUUGACACCACCUGGUCCUUCAGAGAGGGAGCAUUGAAAGACUAUCGAGUCAUCGUGGUGGCAUUACUUGGCAACGGCGAAUCAUCCAGUCCAUCAAACACACCCAAUUUCCCUCCACUCCUUGAUUACCAAGAUUGUGUGCGAGCUCAACAGAGACUCGUUACAGAGCACUUGAAUAUCUCUACUUUGGAUGUGAUAGUGGGGUUUUCAAUGGGUGGGCAAUGUGCCUAUCACUGGUCGGCAAUGUACCCGGAGAUGGUUCGCAAUGCAGUUAUCAUUUGCUCUUCGGCCAAGACUAGCUUGCACAACUAUCAGUUCCUCGAAGGCCCCAAGGCUGCGCUACUCAACUCUAUAGAUUAUGACGACGGCAAAUUUCGAUCACAAAACAAGACACCCAUUCGCGGGCUGCAUGCGUUCGGACGAGCAUAUUCCGCGUGGUUGGCGAGCGCCGAAUGGUUUGAAGAGCGCAUGUUCGAGAAAUUAGGCUCCAAGACAUUGGAUGAGUGGGCGGACAAUGGUGUAAAAGGGUACGAGGACUGGCAUGCAGACGAUCUGCUUGUCAUGCUAGGAAUGUGGCAGCGAGGCGAUAUUAGCAAUAUCCACGGCGAAAUUACUACUCUGCGUGAAGCCCUCGAGCGUUUGACAACACGCAUCCUCCUCAUGCCUUGUCAGACAGACCAAUAUUUUAGAUAG